UAGCUCAUUGCGGCAUAGGUAUAGGUAGCCAGAGAGAUGGCAGCCGCCACCACCACCACGCCGAGCACCACGCUCACCAUGAAGCUACUCGUCGAUUCCAGCCCGCUGCGCCGGCGCGUGGUGUUCGCGGAGGCCGGCAAGGACACUGUCGACUUCCUCUUCUCCCUCCUCGCCCUGCCGGCCGGCACGGCCGUGAAGCUGCUGGGGAAGGAGUCCAUGGUCGGCUGCAUGGCGAACAUCUACGGCAGCGCCGAGAGGCUCGAGGACCCCUACGUCCAGCCCGGCGCGGCCAAGGACGCGAUCCUCUGCGCCGCCAUGCCGCCCCCCGCGGCUGCGCGACCCAACAGCUGGAUCUUCCCCUUGCCGGUCCCGGCCCCGAAGAGCUUCUUCCACUGCGGCACCAACUACUCCAGCUGCCGCAGCUACGUGACGGAGGUGAGAGGCACUGGUUGUCCCAACUGCGGCAACCAGAUGGUCAUUGACGCCAAGCUUAUCGAGUCGCCGGCGCUAGUGGCGCUAGUGAGGACAGGGUUCGUGCAGGGCGGCAUGGUGGCGUACACGGUGACGGACGACCUUGUGAUCACGCCCAUGUCGAACGUCUCCACCAUCGCGCUUCUCAACACCUGCGGGGUGAGGGAUCUCGGAACGCUCCAGGAGAGGACUGUGCAGAUUGGGCACAAGGAGGGUUUGGAGAUUCUCACGUCGUCGCUGCAGUCCAAGACUGUGCUCACUGAUGUUUUCCUUGGCAAGAAGCCGCCUUCGUCGAUGAAAAACGGCGGCAGCACCCCUCAGUUGGGCGGCACAAGACAUGAGUCUCUCACCUGGCGUGUAUGAGCCUUGAAGCGUACGUGUACUAUUAGAUAUAUAUAUAUAUAUAUGAAUUAGUGAA